UAUCUCCCCAGAUUAUAGAACCUCCGAUCAACCAGUCUGUUACGGAAGGAAACUCUGUGAACUUCAGUUGUCGAGCCUCAGGUGUGCCAACACCAACAUUAGUCUGGGUUUUUAAUGAUGCUGAGCUGCCAUUUGGUAUAAAUCGCGAUGGAGUAUCAUUCCUGGAAUUUUUAAGCGUCACAAAAGGGAUGGAAGGGUCUUACAAGUGUAUAGCGGAAAAUACAGCAAAUACAACUAGUUCCUCUGCAACACUGCGUGUUUACGGGAAAGCCUCUGCUCAAGUUGCUACAGAUCAGUAUCCAGCACUCACAGCAGGUGACAAUCUCACAUUGACCUGCAUCGUUAACGAAGAAACAAUAAAUGUAACUUGGAAAAAAGAUGGAGACUCACCGCCCAAAAGAGCAAAGAUUCAUACACGGUUCGAUAACAAAAAGAGUGAACUUGCAAUAACUGAAGUUGUGAAGGAAGACAGUGGUGUGUAUUCUUGUGAGGCACGUGACAAGCUCGGUUUUGUUGCCCGUUCCUUUGUGUCAAUCACACGGAAAGCCUCUGCUCAAGUUGCUACAGAUCAGUAUCCAGCACUCACAGCAGGUGACAAUCUCACAUUGGCCUGCAUCGUCAACGAAGAAACAAUAAAUGUAACUUGGAAAAAAAAUGGAGACUCACCACCCGAAAGAGCAAAGAUUCAUACACGAUUCGAUAACAAAAAGAGUGAACUUGCAACAACUGAAGUUGUGAAGGAGGACAGUGGUGUGUAUUCUUGUGAGGCACGUAACAAGCUCGGUUUUGUUGCCCGUUCCUCUGUGUCAAUCACGAGAAAAGCCUCUGCUCAAGUUGUUCCAGGUAAGUAUCCAGCACUCACAGCAGGUGACAAUCUCACAUUGGCCUGCAUCGUCAACGAAGAAACAAUAAAUGUGACUUGGAAAAAAGAUGGAAACUCACCACCCGAAAGAGCAAAGAUUCAUACACGAUUCGAUGAAAAAAUGAGUGAACUUGCUAUAACUGAAGUUGUGAAGGAGGACAGUGGUGUGUAUUCUUGUGAGGCACGUAACAAGCUCGGUUUUGUUGCCCGUUCCUUUGUAAAAAUAAACGUCAUAGUGCAAAGUUUCAACACUUUAUGGUAUUACAUUGGCGGAUCAGUGGCGGCAGCGGUUGUCAUUUCGCUAAUUUCCUGGUAUUUCCGCAAGCGUCGAAGGACAGCUAUGGCUCUUCCUGACCAAGAGCAGGCAAUUCAGAUGGAGCCAUUGAAUGCAGAGGUAGAUGAGUGGGAGGUUGCGGUGAACCGUGUCCUGCUACAAGACGUCAUUGGACGAGGGGCGUUUGGAGCCGUGUGGAGAGCUCUCCUGAGUUCACCAAAUGGACAACCUGGAAAUCGGACGGUGGCCGCUAAAUGUUUCACGCCCACUGCUGGAGAGGAAGGAAGGAAAUGUUUGAUGAGAGAAAUUGAGCUGGGGAAACUUAUCGGUGAAAACGUUUCGCCAAACAUUGUAAAGUUCAUGGGCUGCGUUACGACAGAAAUUCACCCCAUACUCAUCAUGGAGUACUUGCCAUGUGGUGACCUACUUGGUUACCUCAGAAAAUGCCGAGGAGUGAGGGAUCGGUUUUAUCUUGGUGAGGGAAGAGCUCAGGAUUUGAACAACUACGAUCUCGUGUUGUUUGCCAAACAAAUCGCCGCCGGCAUGGUGUUCCUUGGAACGCGAGGUAUUAUCCAUCGUGACCUGGCGGCUCGAAACAUUCUCCUCGAUAACAACUAUGUUUGCAAAGUGACGGACUUUGGUAUGGCAUAUCAAAGCUUCAAGUAUGGCCAUGGAAAUGCCAAAAAGGGACGUUUGCCAAUCAAAUGGACUGCACCAGAGAUUCUGCUAGGAGAGCUUGCUGGACUUUCCACCUUGAGUGACGUGUGGUCCUAUGGAAUCGUUCUGUAUGAGAUAGUUACCCUUGGAGGAAUUCCGUACGACAGAUGGUCAGAAGCCAUGGUGAUUGCAGAGGUCACAAAGGGAUAUCAGAUGCCAAAGCCCGAUCAUGUUGAUAACAAACUGUAUGAAAUAAUGAAAAGGUGCUGGAAUCGAAACCCUGACUUCCGUCCUCCUUUUGAAAGCCUGCGACAAAGAAUGGACAAAUACAUUCGUGAAGAGGUUUGUUUCUAG